AUGGCACCGCCCGAACCGUUCUACAUGCGCUUCGUUCGUAGAAGCCAAGAGAAGAAAAGAGCCAGAGAAAUGGCCAUUAAAGAUAAUAUUUCAACCGGACUUAAAGAGAGCAUCGGAUACCAAAUUCUCUUGCGAAUGGGUUGGAACAUAAAUACCGGUUUAGGCCGAAAUCAAGAUGGAAAGGUCUCUUUAGAUACUCUGAUACAACAAACCAAACGAAAACAAGCCACUCCCCCUCUUGUUCCAGAACUUAACUAUGAUUUAGCCGAAUUAGAGUAUAAUCAGAUCUUACGCACCAGAAAUAGGCCAACUACGCCGUAA